GUGCCGCAGGGCCAAUGGGAGAAGUGCCGGCCCGGCCUGUCCCGCCCUGCGCCUCCGGACGUCUGUGCCGGGACAUGGCCGCUGCUGAUGCCGGGUUCUAGAGCUGAGCGCCUACUGCCGGAGCCAACCUCUGCGGUCAACGGUCCGCACGGUCUGGGCCCAAGAGCCGGGACGGCGAAGAUCAGCCGAGGAAGCUGAGGCUGCCAUAGGACGCCGCCGCGGCGGGCGCAUGGCGUCCAUCUUGCUCAGGAGCUGCCGCGGCCGGGGGCCUGCCCGCCUCGCGCCGCCCCGGGCCGCCUCCCCGCGGGGUAGUCUGAGGGAUCGAGCUUGUCUCAGUUGUACCAGGACCGUGGGGUUGACGAGCCACGAGAGUGUUCUGUCCCGCUGUUGUACUCCAGCCAACCCUGUGUACCUCUACUUCAAAGGUGAACCCCUCAGCUGUUGGACUCAGAGGCCUGAGUGCCAGGGCACCGUGGCAAGGGCAGCAUGGACACCUGCCUCUGCGAGGUUGGUUGUUACGGGACCUCAAUACCUUCCUGUGCGUGGCUGGCACUCAUCAUCCCCACUAGGAGAGGACUCUAUGAUAGAGAAAUCCCUUAAGUCUUUAAAGGACAAGAAUAAGAAGCUGGAAGAAGGUGGCCCCGUGUACAGCCCGCCAGCUCAGGUGGUAGUGAAGAAGUCCCUGGGGCAGAAGAUACUGGAUGAGCUGAAGCACUACUACCAUGGCUUCCGCCUGCUCUGGAUCGACACCAAGAUAGCCGCCCGUAUGCUGUGGCGCAUCCUGAAUGGCCAUACGCUGACCCGCCGGGAGCGCAGGCAGUUUCUCCGGAUUUGCGCGGACCUCUUCCGUCUAGUACCCUUCCUGGUGUUCGUGGUGGUGCCCUUCAUGGAAUUCCUGCUGCCUGUAGUUGUGAAGCUCUUCCCCAACAUGCUGCCCUCCACAUUUGAGACCCAGUCUAUCAAGGAGGAAAGGCUGAAGAAGGAGCUUAGGGUGAAGCUGGAGCUAGCCAAGUUUCUCCAAGACACCAUAGAGGAAAUGGCCCUGAAGAACAAGGCAGCCAAAGGGAAUGCCACCAAGGAUUUCUCUGCAUUUUUCCAGAAGAUCCGGGAGACAGGGGAGAGACCCAGCAAUGAAGAAAUCAUGCGUUUUUCCAAAUUAUUUGAGGAUGAACUGACCCUGGAUAACCUCACGAGGCCUCAACUGGUAGCACUGUGCAAGCUGCUGGAGCUUCAGUCCAUUGGUACCAACAACUUCCUGCGUUUCCAGCUCACCAUGCGGCUGAGGUCCAUAAAGGCUGAUGAUAAGCUGAUUUCUGAAGAAGGGGUAGACAGUCUGACUGUGAAGGAAUUGCAGGCAGCGUGUCGAGCACGGGGCAUGCGAGCACUUGGUGUCACAGAAGACCGUCUGAAGGGCCAGCUGAAACAGUGGCUGGACUUGCACCUGUAUCACGAGAUCCCUACAUCAUUGCUCAUACUGUCCCGGGCCAUGUACCUCCCAGACACCCUCUCACCUGCUGACCAGCUGAAGUCCACCUUGCAGACCCUUCCAGAAAUUGUGGCAAAGGAGGCUCAGGUAAAAGCGGCCGAGGUGGAGGGCGAACAGGUAGACAACAAGGCGAAGCUGGAGGCCACACUGCAGGAAGAGGCCGCCAUCCAGCAGGAACACCUGGAAGAACUAAAGAGAGCCGCUGAGACUGCGAAGGACAUCCAGCCAGAAGUAGCAGAAGCCACUGUCCCUGGGAGGCCAGCGGCCGAGCUUCAGCCCAAGAUGGUUGAUGUGAUCCCGCCCUCAGAGAUACUAAAGGAUACAGCACCUGUUCUGGAAGGUUUGAAGGGAGAAGAGAUAACCAAGGAGGAAAUUGACAUCCUCAGUGACGCCUGCUCCAAGCUAAAGGAGCAGAAGAAGUCCCUGACCAAGGAGAAGGAGGAGCUGGAGCUGCUGAAAGAGGAUGUCCAGGACUACAGUGAGGACUUGCAGGAGAUCAAGAAGGAACUUUCCAAGACGGGUGAUGAGAAAUACAUAGAAGAGUCUACAGCCAGCAAGAGGCUGUCCAAGCGGGUGCAGCAGAUGAUCGGGCAGAUAGAUGGCCUCAUUGCACAGCUGGAGACCACGCAACAGAACGGCAAGCUGGACCCCGCUGCUGCGAGCUCCCCCACAGGGGAGAGUGUCAUCAGCGUCGACGAGCUCAUCAGCGCCAUGAAGCAAAUCAAGCACAUUCCCGAAAACAAGCUGAUCAGCUUGACCUCAGCCCUGGAUGAAAAUAAGGAUGGCAAUAUCAACAUCGAUGAUCUUGUUAAGGUAAUCGACUUGGUGAACAAAGAAGAUGUCCAGAUCUCUACCACCCAGGUAGCCGAGAUUGUGGCCACACUAGAGAAGGAAGAAAAGGUGGAAGAGAAGGAAAAGGCCAAGGAAAAGGCUGAGAAGGAGGCAGCAGAAGUGAAGAACUAGAGCUGCCAGGCUCUUGGUCCCCCGGGGCCUGCCUUCAUGUCACACCCACCAUGGUGACACGGCACACGAGUGAUUGCUCUGAGGUGAUUUUUAGUGGCAAAUCUAAUAUUUUGUCUAAUAUUAAAUCAGAAACUUUCACAAUGAAGCAAUUUUUAAUUUUCAUCAUUCCACGAAGAUUCAGUCUGGCUGGAGCUGGAGAGUGUGGCUAUCUGGACUCAUGCCCUUGGGUUAAGGUACAGCUGCCUAAAGGAUCAUAGCCCCACACUGACCCCUGCCUCAGAGAUGGCUCUGGCCGGGCCAGUAGGAAGGCAUUUCUCUGUAUAUGUCCUUAGUGGAUCAGGAUCUGAGCAGCCUCCAUCCUGAGAGGAGAAUGAGAACCAGUGAGCUCCCAGCACGUGUGCGGAGCCGAGAGGAUGAGCCUGCGUGUCCGCACAGGCCUCGGGGUAAGAGUUAGACACAACUGCAGGCUGCUCUGUUCCGAAGACACUGCCGUCAGGCUGAGGGAUUGAGAGUCCUAAACGCCAGUGUACAUAGAUCUGUUUGUUCAUGCCUCCACCGUUGUCUUAACUGCAGGUCCCUGACAGCAGUGUCUGUCCUGUAUGGAUUCCGAGGCAUAUUGACUAGAGCUCUCUCAAUUCACCAUUGAUCGAUUUCCACUUAGUAAUUCUUUAACUGACCAGUACUGAAUUUUCAUACAUGACCGUCCGCCUAAUUCAUGAGUAAUUCCUAAUAGAGUGGGUGACACACAUUGAAGAAACCUUUGAAAAUGAAAUCUUUUCUGUUGGGCAUCCACAUUGCUGAGCAGGCAUGGGGGAGAGAACUGACGUCUGCAACUUGAAUCUACCUGAGGCUUUGUGUGGCCUUUGACGUAAAUUUCAAGUCCUGGCUCACAGGACAGAGUGCAAGAUGAGGCUUCACAGGGAAUGUUGUAGGCUCAAGGCUCCAGCUUUAGCACAAAUGCUCACAGCUGUGCUCUGGCCAAGGAGUGAGGAAGUGGCCCUGUGAUGGACCACAGAGCCUUCAGCAUGGCGUUCUCUGCCUGCCAACAGCUCACUGGCACCCCUCUGAGUGGACAGCCUAGAGCUCUUUGCUGAGUGGCCAGCAGCCUUUCUCAUUUGGAAAUGGCUCCUUGGACAGGCCAGGACUGGGUGUCCUGUAGCAUCACCACCACCUUCACAUUGUAACCCCAUCCUUGGAGCACAGAGGAAGGAAGAUCAUCAGUUCAGCUUGGGCUAUAGCAAGACCCUGUCCAGAAAAAAAACAAAACAAAACAAAAAACCUUCUUGACUCCAGACAGGAUUCGGAUCAUGUACAGACAAACAGAGAAACAGCAACCAGAAUGCAACUUUCUCAGUUUCUUGAAACUUCUUUCUUGACCGUUAAAGGAAAUAUAUAAUGCUAAGGAGAAAUAGAUGAGUCUUGCAUGUAAUCCUUGCAGAGUCACAAUGAAGGAGCCUAGUGGCUCCAUGGUCACAUGUGAAUCCUGUGUACCCUACGAGGACAAGAUUAUGGUUGCCAAAUAUGUCCCCACAGUAGAGGGUAUCUCCUGUGACCAGCACUCUGGAGCCUGUCCUGUGUCUACCCAUCAUCUUCAUUCUGUAUUGUAUCGCGGGGCACUGUCUGUGGCCUGUGCUGGCUGCUGCCGACUCAGGAAUCCCCUGCUGUCCCUCCAACUGCCACUCUGGACUCUGUCCUCACAGGUCACGCCAUCACCCCACCACAGGACCUUAGCAAGCACAUGUGCUGGAAGGACUACCAGUGGAUGCUUCUUGGUUUUUGAAGUUGUCCCCAUAUCUGUUUGCUUCGCUGCUGACCUUACCUAGUACAACUGAGUCAGGGUUAGAAAUACCAGAUCCAUCGGGCAGUGAUGGCAGCGCACGGCUUUAGUCCCAGCACUCAGAAGGCAGAGGCAAGUGGAUCUCUUGAGUUCCAGGACAGCCAGGGCCACACAGAGAAACCCUGUCUUGAACCACUACCACCACCACCACCACCACCACCACCACCCCAAAAGAGAAAUAGCAGAUGCAGGACUGAGAACUGUAAUCACCAUCUCUCCAGCUCAAACUCAAGGCUGAGCGUUUGAAAGUUAGUUCGUGUCAACUCGUAACUGUCCUGCACCUCAGCGCUUGCCCAGGGCAUGUGUGCAGGAGCUGAGCCAUCUGCACCUCUUAAAUGAAAGUACGGUUUCAACACAGGAGUCUGGUGUUCCUCUCUCCACUCCACACCACCGUCCCACACAGGCUCUGGGAAGCUGGCACCUGAAUACCAGGCUUCUUCGGACUAUUAACAUCUUAAAUGUGAAGGGCACCAUCUAGUUCUUAAAAGCCAUCUCAUGGUCUUGCGUCCUAGGACCACAGUAAGGAGCAAGUUCUGUACCCUCUUCUGUCUUCCAGGGGUCCCAGAGCCUCACCUAAGUAAUGUGUAGACAUCUUCCAUGUUCAUGUAACAACCCAAAGUGAUACUUCUGAACCCUGAGCAAUCUACUCAAGAAAUUGAAUGGAAACUCAGACCACCUUAAGCUCUAAUGAUUGUGCUCUGACCACCAGGUGUGCUGAGAUUUUAGUGGGGCUUGACUCUCCCCUUGGCCCCUAGGUGAGUGUCAGCUCACACUUGGGGGCUCAGGCCUUGGUUCCAGGCUCUUGACUUGUGGGACCUAUCUGAGAAAGCCCUCAUCCUGUGAUACAGCCCUGUUUUGUAGAAGCUGACAAGGAAGGACUUCUUAGACUCUAGGCUAACCCAGGGCCCCGUGGGGCUAACAGGCUGCAUGAUGUUUUCUAAAGACCUGAUGUAAGGAUUGACUGAAUAAAGUGCCACUGAUGACUUGUCUGCUGUA